AUGUCUGCAGUGGAUCUCUUCAAAGCUGCUAAGAAAGGAGACAUGCAGAGGUUAACGAACCUACUGAGAGAUGGGACCUUGGAUGUGAACAAAAUUGACCUGUUAGGAGGUGCCUGUACACCACUACACAUGGCUGCACAGCAUGGUGCCACACAGUGUGUCCAGCUUCUCCUCCAGCACGGGGCGGAUCCCAAUAUACAGGAUUGGAGAGGACGUACACCACUACACUGGGCUGUAGAGCUAGGUGCCACACAGUGUGUCCAGCUUCUCCUCCAGCACGGGGCAGAUCCCAAUAUACAGGAUGGGGAAGGAAGCAAACCACUACACAUGGCUGCUCGGCAAGAUGCCACACAGUGUCUCCAGCUUCUCCUCCAGCACGGGGCAGAUCCCAAUAUACAGAGCAAAAGUAUAGGACGGCAAACAUUGCUGAUGGGCGCAGGUCGACGUUCACCACUACACUGGGCUGCACAGCGAGGUGCCACACAGUGUAUCCAGCUUCUCCUCCAGCACGGGGCGGAUCCCAAUAUUCAGGACAUUUGGUGGAGACAUACACCACUACAGGAUGCUGCAGAACAAGGUGCCACGCAGUGUGUCCAGCUUCUCCUCCAGCACGGGGCGGAUUACAAUAUACAGGAUUUGAGUGCACGUGGACGUACACCACUACACUUGGCUGUAAAGCAAGGUGCCACAGAGUGUGUCCAGCUUCUCCUCCAGCACGGGGCAGAUCCCAAUAUACAGGAUUGGUUAGGAUGUACACCACUUUACUUGGCUGCAGAGCAAGGUGCCACACAGUGUGUCCAGCUUCUCCUACAGCACGGGGCGGAUCCCAAUAUACAGUGCGGAGAGAAGAGUUUUUUACUACUGCCUGCAGGUGGACGCACACCACUACACUUGGCUGCACAGCGAGGUGCCACACAAUGUGUCCAGCUUCUCCUCCAACAUAAGGCUAAUCCCAAUAAACAAGAUGCGAAAGGAUGUACACCACUACACUUGGCUGCAGAACAUGGUGCUACACAGUGUAUCCAGCUUCUCCUCCAGCACGGGGCGGAUCCCAACGUAUCAGAUGGGAGGGAAGUAACCCCGUACACGCUUGCAAAAAAGAAAGGCCUAACUGCGAUUGCAGAAUACCUGUGUAGAGUUAACAAACCAGGUGUUCAGGGCCACCUCCUUAAGAGAGCCUUCCUCAAGCUGUGUGAUCACAUCAAACUGGACGAUUGCCGCAUGUUGGCUAGAUAUCACCUUGGUAUAGGAGAUAUAGAAAUAGACGACAUUGAUAUGACACACCAAUUCAACCCUUUGGAGCAACGCUUCCAGAUCCUUUCUUUGUGGAGAAAUAAGAAAUCAGAAGCGUCAGUGAAAAUGUUGAUUGACGCUUUAAAAGCUGCAGAAUUAGUUAAGACGGCAGAAGUCAUUGAGCAAUACUACGUAGAGGAGCUGCGCAAAGUAUAUGGAAUGUCUGCGGAAGAAUACCAGCGUCUUACUGCCAUAGAUUUGCCAGACAUCUGCCCAUCUGCCCUGGGUGACAUGCGUCCGGUGAAAUUGGAGGAAAGUAACGUUAAGUGGCUUAUCCUCAAGUGGUGCGGUGGUGUUGAGGCUAUUGACAGUGGCGGGUGCGGGGGUGUGCCCGGGCCUCUAACAACAAUGGGCUACCAUCUAUGA